GAGGUUUGCAAGAUGUUGAGACUUGUAACCGCUCAGCUCCCUUGGUAGAUCAUUUUGAAGCUGGAGAAUCAUAUCAGAAUGCAUGAGAUAGUAAGUAUAUAAUAAGUAUAUAAUAAGUAUAUAAUAAGAGGUAGAGUUUGGCCAAGUAUCAUUACACUUUUCACACCAUCGUUGUCUCGCGUUUUCAUUCUAUCAAACAAGACUGUACUUUUUUUCAUCCCAUUAACACAGCUUACAUUACAACCAUGGGCAUUCUAGUCAAACUCAUCGGCUCAGGAGUUGGUCUUGUAUCAGAAACAAUCCACCAUCAUCGCAAUAAGUCCUCAUCAAAUCUACCGCAGGCUUCGUCCAAUGGCGAAAGUAGUCGAGCAGGUGCGCAAUCCAAUCACCAAUACAACGAUGCCCCUCCUCAAUAUGUUGAGCUAUCCGCAGAAGAUGCCGAUAGAAUGAUGGCAAGAGGCCAAGCUGUUCCAGUAAAUGAGAAGGAAAAGCACGACCUCGAAAAGGAAUACGAGCAUGAUGAUUCCUCGGACACAGAAUCAGAGGAAGGAGACGAGGAAGCCUGGGCUUUAGACGAAGCCACAGAUAGAUCUGGUCCUGCCACCCCUUCUGAAGAGUCUACACAAGAUGCAAAUGAGCUUGUCGAUGUGUUUAUGCGAAAUCAUCCACCCCCAGCAUAUAGUGCCGAGAAAUCGAGAUUGCCUUGUCCGGUCAUUCUCCCACAACGCAGACCUAGGGAUAAGAAGCGUGGUUUCAUCAGAGCAUAUGCGCCAGUGUUGGAAGAUUGCGGGGUUGAUCAAGCUGCUUUCUUGGAUUUUCUAAAAACUUUUUACCAGGCAAGCAAAGCUUCUCCGUGGUUGCAAGUUAUAAAUGCAGCGGCCGGAAUUGUAGGUUUUGUGCCAGGCCCAAUCACAAUGGGUGUAUCUAUCGCUACUCAAUUUGCAGUUGGUGUUGCUAUGGAGCUACAAUCACGAUCAAGGACAAAUACCUUCCUCGAUAGAAUGAACAAUGAGUUCUUCAUGCCUCGUGGUCUUUACUGCUUGAUACUUACAUACAAGCCCGAAUCAUCAGAAACUCACGCAUCUGUUGAUAUUACCAAAGCUAUUUCUUCAUCCCUUGAUGAUACAUCCACAGGUUUCAAAAAGACGUUGAAGAGCAUUAAACUGUCAAGCGGGACGACCUAUGGAGAGCUUGAGAUGCCAGAAGCCGCACCCUUGAUUUUUCCAGCACUGGAUCGCAUCGCCGACAUCGAGGGAGGUGAAAACUCUCAGAAGAGCAAUAAAUUCAAGGACAGUGGAAAGUUCGUGACCGAUUACUUUGAUCGUCGAGCCCAAGCCAAAUACGCAAUGGAAAAUCCAACCAGCUCUUUAGCAACGCCUAAACCGCAAUUUUACUCCCGCUACUCUGACCCAAAUCACCCGGCUAGUAGCGGGUCACUCAUAUCCCUCAUCACUGGCGGUCAUAUCAAUCCACAAGCGCGAAGAACGGAGCGAAAAGCUGCAAAGGAAGAAAGAAGGCAGAACAGAAGAACUAGAAGGGUGUACCGAAGAGGAGAAGUCUUUACUCCAGAGACGGGACUUAGGAGAAAGAGAAAGCCUGGACUUGUAAAGAGAAUUUUACAAAAGGAUGUGCUUUACCUGAUGGUCGUGAGUUAUGACCGGGAAAGUGCGGAAUAUCAGGCUGGUAUGCAAAGUGUUGUGCAAGAAAGAGGGGUAUAAUGACAUGUCCUGUAAUGAAAAAUAUACCGGAUAACCAUAAUUCGUCUAUUUGUUUAUUUCAAUCUUUCUUCUAAGCAUUUCAGUUGGUCCCCACGCGAUUUAAAUAACAUUCAGACAUCCCCGAAUUUCAUGGCCUUAAUCAACCGUCCGAUUGUCUUUCCAUAGUAAAAUAUUUGAAACGUUAGCUUGGUA